GCGCUCCCGCCGACGCACGAGGGCCCCUGGGUCCCGGCCUCGCGCCGGGGCGGGCGGAGUGGAGCAGGAGGCGGGGCGGCGGCUUGGCGGGCGGGUCCGGCCCGCGGGCGGCGGCUCCGCAGUUGGCGCUGGCGCUGGCUCGGGCCGAGGCGCCAUGGAAGCCGGACCGGGGCCGGAGCACGGUAGCCCGGGCCGGACACCGGAGGAGGGCGCGCGGGCCCUGGCCGAGUUCGUGGCGCUGCACGGCCCGGCGCUGCGCGCCUCGGGCGUCCCGGAGCGGUACUGGGGCCGCCUCCUGCACAAGCUGGAGCACGAGGUCUUCGACGCAGGGGAGAUGUUCGGGAUAAUGCAGGUGGAGGAGGUGGAGGAGGAGGAGGAUCCGGCCGCUGGGGAAGCACGGAGGAAGCAGCCCAACCCUGGGGGUGAGCUGUGCUACAAGGUCAUUGUGACCAGCGAGAGCGGGCUUCAGGCUGCAGACCCCAACAGCAUCUUCCUCAUCGACCACGCCUGGACGUGUCGUGUGGAGCAUGCCCGCCAGCAGCUACAGCAGGUGCCAGGGCUGCUGCACCGCAUGGCCGCCUUGAUGGGCAUUGAGUUUCAUGGUGAGCUGCCCAGCACAGAGGCUGUGGCCCUGGUGCUGGAAGAGAUGUGGAAGUUCAACCAGACCUACCAGGUGGCCCACGGGACGGCCGAGGAGAAGGUGCCGGUGUGGUACAUCAUGGACGAGUUCGGCUCGCGGAUCCAGCACGCGGACGUUCCCAGCUUCGCCACGGCGCCCUUCUUCUACACGCCCCAGCAGGUGGCCUACACGCUGCUGUGGCCGCUGAGGGACCUGGACACCGGCGAGGAGGUGACCCGGGACUUUGCCUAUGGAGAGGCAGACGCUCUGGUCCGGAAGUGCAUGCUGCUGCCCUGGGCCCCCGCCGACCUGUCGGACCUCAGCUCCUCCACGCCCGAGCCGCCCGCCGAGUACUACCAGGCCAUUUUGGAGGAAAACAAGGAGAAACUGCCACUUGCCAUCAGCCCUGCAGCCCGUCCCCAUGACCACAUCUUCAAGGUCCACACGGACGUGCGGCAGGUGCUCAGCCACCUCACUCACCCGCGCUUCGCCUUCACCUCGCGCGAGGCGGACGCCGACGUCCUCUACCACUUCUCGCACUUCAAGGACUACAGGACCCUCAGCCAGGAGCGCCCGCAGGUGCUGCUGAACCAGUUCCCCUGCGAGAGCCUGCUGACGGUGAAGGACUGCCUGGCCUCCGUCGCUCGCCGUGCGGGGGGCCCCGAGGGCCCGCCCUGGCUGCCCCGGACCUUCAACCUGCGCACGGAGCUGCCCCAGUUCGUCAGCUACUUCCAGCAGCGGGAGAGGCGGGGUGAGGACAACCACUGGAUCUGCAAGCCCUGGAACCUGGCCCGCAGCCUGGACACGCACGUCACCAGGAGCCUGCACAGCAUCAUCCGGCACCGAGAGAGCACUCCCAAGGUUGUGUCCAAGUACGUGGAGAGCCCCGUGCUGUUCCUGAGGGAAGACGUGGGCAGCGUCAAGUUUGACGUGCGCUACGUGGUGCUGCUGCGCUCCGUGAGGCCGCUGCGGCUGUUCGCCUACGACGUGUUCUGGCUGCGCUUUUCCAACCGGCCCUUCGCACUUGAUGACCUCGACGACUACGAGAAGCAUUUCACUGUCAUGAACUACGACCCGGAUGUGGUGCUGAAGCAGGUACAUUACAAUGAGUUCAUCCCUGAGUUUGAGAAGCAAUACCCAGAGUUCCCCUGGAGUGGCGUCCAGGCGGAGAUCUUCCGGGCCAUCACGGAGCUGUUCCAAGUGGCAUGUGCCAAGCCACCACCCCUGGGCCUCUGCGACUACCCCGCAUCCCGGGCCGUGUAUGCCGUUGACCUCAUGCUGAAGUGGGACAACCGCCCUGAUGGGAAGCGAGUGAUGCAGCCCCAGAUCCUGGAGGUGAACUUCAACCCAGACUGUGAGCGAGCCUGCAGGUACCACCCCAGCUUCUUCAACGACGUCUUCAGCACCCUGUUUCUGGACCAGCCCAGCGGUUGCCAUGUCACCUGCCUCGUCUAGGCCCUUCCGCUUGGCCUCGGGGACAAAGUUCCUGCCUCAGUUCUCUGAGUUCCUCCUGCCACGUCCCUGACCCACCACCACCUCUUCUCCCAUCCCUGUCCAAGUCACAGCCUCAGCCCAAAUUCUCUGCCUCCGGAGCCCUGUCCCUGCUUCUCCCGCUGGGAUUCAGGGCCCGCCUCUGCUGUGGGUCAGUGAGGGUGUCGCUGGGGCUGAAAUUACCCCAAGCCCCCUCCACACCCCUCACCUCUGACUGCAUUAGUGAGUCCCCAGCUUGGCCAGGCCUUUGUUCCUGGUACCACUGGAGUUUGGUUCCGGGGCUGCUGUUCCAGAGGUGUUAGGGGGUGGAGUUCCUUAGAAACAGGGCUCUACGUAAAUGAGGCCUGCGUGGGUCUCCUUCCGUCAGCCCCCUUGCCUCAUGGUGCCCCUGAGCAGGGCAACGCACGCCCCAGAGUAGCCUGGGGAAACCGCUGACCGCCCAGCUGCGCUCCACCAGAACCUCACCAGCAGACCUCCCGCUAACUUCCGGGCGGGAGGACCACGGGUUUUCCCUUGCUGUUCCCUUCUCAUUUUGGGGAAGUGGGCCUGGUGGGGUUCCCCCCAGGGCCCGCCUGCUCACUGGGCCCCUCACCAGCCUCUGAGACAGGCUGAGGCUCUGGCGAGGGUCUCAGGGACAAUUGUGGGGGGCGGAGCAGCAGGCAGAGGUGGCGGAGCAGGGCGAUCCAUUCCAAGGAGGGCCUUAAAGCCAGGUGUUGGCUUCACUGAGGUCUAGAGUCAAAAUGUCAGAGUUUUGUUUUUUAAUUUAUGGGAAGAAAAUGUUAAGUUUUCGUUCUUUCCUAACUUUGUUUCUGGAAUUCAUAGUCAUGGUCAGCGUGUCGUUGUUUUGUCUUGUGGUCUUGGGGAUCGGACUCGGGGCUUCUCACUUGCUCGACAGGUGUCUGCCCCUGAGCUGCAUCCCCAGCCCUUUUUUAUUUUGGAACACGAUCUCACGAAGUUGCUCAGGCUGGCCUUGAACUUGUGGUUCUCUGGCUUCGGCCUCUGGGCAGCUGGCUCGCAGGCCUGUGCCAUGGUGCCCAGCGGCUGCCAGUGGCUCUGGUGUCGCUGCAGUGCAGCGGGUCAGUCUGACUGCAGACGGCAAGCACUGCUCCGGAACUCCUGGGGCCCAGGAGAACGGGACAGGGAUCUGGCGUUUGUUCCAUUUUUGAAGCUAAAAGCAAUUCUCAUAACAAAACUCGACGUCAUUCUGCCUGUCCCUGUCUCCGGGCACGUGGGCCCCCUCUGGCUCCCCUCACCCUUUAGCUGGGCAUUGCCCUCCCUUUGCCCAGUAGGGCCAGGGCUGUCAUGGGCAGGGUGGAUGCUGCCUCUGGUUCUUCCUCCUGGACGGAGCUGCUGGCCUCCCACCUCCCGCCCGCUUGAUUUGUACUGCAAUAAAGUAUAUGCCUUCUUUUGCA